AUGGAUGCCAGGACGGGCGCGAGCCCGGCACAGACGACUGGCGACAGCUACUUUAGCACGCGAACAAAGUCCAACCUCUCCAAGGCUGAGUCCACAUCCAAGAGCAGCAUGUCGAGGUCUCGGAGCGGCUCCAAAGAUUCACCACCGUUGGAGAAACGUCUGGUCCGGCAGCCUUCCGGCAGAAUGGCGCCCCAGGAGGGUACGCCGCGACCCGACGCCCACGCGAGGGAGGCUGCGAGCGAGGGACGAGCGUCGAGGAAAGGGUCGCUGGCCGAUGAGGAGCCGGCAGGGGUCCCUGAAGCGCGGGCGAUGAAAACGCCAGAGGCAAACCAGUCUCGCCACACGCUUUUGCAUACGAGCUCGGGAGCUUGGGAGGGCAGGGGUGGCGGCUCGGCGCCGCCCACGCCAUGUCGCACCCUCUACGUCAUGUACGGCGAUGCCAUGCCUUUUGCUGCAGGGGGUGGUGGUCAUGCGCCUGGCCAACGGGAGGGCGUCGCGGGGGGCGCCAAGGCUGCAUCGGACAGUCUCUGA